AGGGAUUAGUUUGAAAACAGAUCAGUUGUCCUCCUCCUCCCUCUCUCUCCCCCCCCCGUUCCUCCUCCUUUCUCUCUCUCGCUCUUUCCCCCUCUCGCCGCCACCCGCUGCAGAGCCCAAGGAGAAGGAAUGUCAGCUUCGACUGCCAUCUUUUGGGGAUAUGGAAAAACGACCCGAUAGCCUGCUCUCGACUGUCUCCUUCGGCCUCUCAUGCCCAUCUCUCAGUGCAGCCCUGGCGGCCAGGCCCUGCCAGCCUCUCUCUCCUCCGACCAAAGCCCUUUUCUGCGGGUUCAUCUGCGCUGAAGGAAAGGGUGGGACCAGCAUCAGCCAGCCCAGAAGAGGGGACCUGGGGACAUUUCUGUGCUUGGAGUGGGAGUCUCCCUCCCCCGCCCCCCACGUCUCCUCUCUCUUUCUCCAGUGUCAAAAAUCACAGCCGGAUCCUUCAAAGUGUGUGCGAGAGUGUAAAGAAGAGAGCCAUCUCCUUACCUUCCCACCCCCUCCUUCCUGCAAGGCGUGCAGCCUGUGUGUGUGCGUAACCAACAAAGGUUAUUCUUCCUCAAGCUCUAAACCUCCCUCACGUGAGAUCCGGGGGAUAAUAUCAGUUCCAUAUAUCCUCUCCUACUUUAUCGAAAUCCAUCCAACGUGUGUGUGUGUUGGAAGGAAUCCCCGUGUAAGGGGGUGCGUGUGGAGCCUUUCCAGCAGAGCGAAACGCACCCGAAAGUCCGAGAAGUCCCUAAAGGGACCCGGAAUAGCAAAGCUCAGCCAGUGGUUUCUCCUCGCCGCUCAGGGUCACAAACCUCCCAAGGCGAGUGACUUGCCUUUCGCCGGCCGCUGUCUCCAAGGUGCUUCGCAAACGGUGGCGGACGCUCCAGUUAAAAGUGGCACCUUAAAAAGUCGUGGGGGUUGUGUGUUUGGGAAGAUGGGAAGAUCUACCAUUCCGUUAGUCUUUGUGUGUCUAUCCUCUUUGUGUGACUUUGCUGUGUUUACUGGAGGUGUAAAAAGGACUCCCCGGCUCAAGGCGAUUUCGAUACGAGCCAGUGUCCUCCUGCAGGUUGUCAGUGGCGUUGAUGAGCCGAAAGUCGGAGUACUAAGGCGGCUGCCUCGCCGCAACAAACCGCGGAGACAGAGCAGCGGGCGGACAAGAAUGGGAAAGCUCGGUGGCACGAAAAUGGGGGCCAGGGAUACAGAUCCGAGGCACGAGCGGAGAGAGGAGGGCGGGGGACAGUAUUAA